UGGGACACGUGUUGGAUCUUAGUCGAAUUGGCUCGAUCCUCUCCCUCUCGUCUUCGUCGAAUUGGCUUGAUCGCCUGGUUCGAUCGGUACAAAAUCCAGCCCAAGGUCAAGAACUCCUUCUCCGACAUGUUCCGCUGCUACAGAACGUCAUGAAGAUGUUCAUUUCGUCGGCCCUCUGCAGCUCGUCUCCUAUCCUUCGAUCCAGGUAACCCGUCUCAACUCUCCGACGCCAUGGAAUCAAGCUUUUCCAUCGCCGGAUCCUCCACCAUCGUGCUCCAGAUCCGGGAGAGAAAGCUUGUGAGCUCCAAUGGCCAUUCUUGGCUUAUUUUCAAGUUUGGUCCUUUGUCUUUGGAUAAUUAUUUUUUGAUCCCAAAACUAUCAGAUUUGCAGAACAGACCUCUCUAAUUGACCCCUAAUCUUUCAAUUGUGCAAUUUUAACCCAAAGUAAUUUUUUUAAGAACCUUUAGGUAAGCAACUAGCAUUGAGGCACAAAAUUUGGGUGUUUCUUAUCUAAAGUGCUUAUCAACAAUUAUAUAUUAAAAUAAUCAUUAAGCAACUCUAAUGGGAUUUGUGGUUAAUCAUGCUCUAAGCAUAUCCUCUAUGUGGGGCCUUCUUUCCGACCGUAAUGAUUCUUAUUUAUCUUCUGAAGCCGUUAAUUUAGCCUUUUAAAUUAGCUUCAAAAUGUAAUUAGCCUCAAACUGUAUAAUCACAUGUAUGAUAUAAUUAUUUUUUCAUAACACAUUUCAUCACUUUGCAUAACUGAUACCAUGCCUGGCCAGCUAAACUUGUGUAUUCCAGUAUGUUUCACCUUAUGUAUGUGAAAAUUUAAACAGCUUAUUUUAUAAAAUUUAUUUUUCGAUAAGAUAAAUGUUUUAGGCAGGGGGGGGGGGCAUUAAUCUCACAUUUAAACACAAACUUAUCCCCUUAAUCUCAUCUUUAACUUUUCGAUUAAGAAAAAGAUUUUCCCUUUGAUGACUUUAUUACAUGUCAAACCAUUUGUAAUAAAAUUUCAUAUCUUUUUUUUUAUAUUUUUCCUUUUACCUUCCCCUUCUCGCGUAGCACCCACAUCCAAAAAAAAAAGAAGAGUAACCUCGAUUUGUUGAUCUGCCGCUGGUCUCGAUCUCCCACCAAAGAUCUCGAGAAAGAGAGAGAGACGCAUUGAAAAAAGGCUGCGGCUUUUAGUCUUCAGUACUCUGUUUUCGUGUUUGGUUUCACAGUAAAAAAAAAAUCUCGACAUGUGUUGAGCUUUAUCAUGUUGGGAUUCUCCGGUUGAUUGAUUCUGUCGGAAAGGCUCCCUUUGUUUUAAUUGAAUUUCGAUAUCUCCGAGGACUUAAGCUUUCGGAGAUGAGUUGGUGUUGUUUGCCUUGCUUUGGAUCUUCUGCUAAAGACGCUGAUUCGAAAGAUUCGUUGAAGAAAGAAGUUUCAGCUAAAGACGGUUCUGUAACUCAGCAGUCUCACCGUGCCAGCUUAGACAAAUCAAAGUCUCGAGGAGGUUCUGAACAUAAGAAGGAGCUAACCGCUCCAAAAGAAGGUCCAACCGCUAACAUCGCUGCACAAACCUUUACUUUCAGAGAGUUAGCUGCCGCCACUAAAAACUUCAGACCGGAAUGUCUUCUUGGAGAAGGAGGCUUCGGACGUGUUUACAAGGGUCGUCUAGAGACCACAGGACAGAUAGUAGCUGUUAAGCAGCUAGAUAGAAACGGUCUACAAGGAAACAGAGAGUUUCUAGUAGAGGUUCUCAUGCUGAGCCUUCUGCAUCAUACCAAUCUUGUGAAUUUGAUUGGCUAUUGCGCUGAUGGUGACCAGCGUCUCCUUGUCUACGAGUACAUGGCACUAGGCUCCUUGGAAGAUCACCUACACGAUCUUCCACCAGGUAAAGAACCUCUGGACUGGAACACGAGGAUGACAAUAGCUGCAGGAGCAGCUAAAGGACUUGAGUAUUUGCAUGAUAAAGCAAACCCGCCUGUGAUCUACAGAGACUUGAAAUCUUCUAAUAUUCUUCUAGGAGAUGGCUAUCACCCAAAGUUAUCAGAUUUUGGGUUAGCUAAGUUAGGUCCUGUGGGGGAUAAGACACACGUCUCAACUCGUGUUAUGGGCACAUAUGGCUACUGUGCACCAGAAUACGCCAUGACAGGGCAACUCACGUUGAAAUCAGAUGUUUACAGCUUUGGGGUUGUGUUUUUGGAGCUUAUCACGGGGAGAAAAGCUAUAGAUAACGCUCGAGCACCCGGAGAACACAACCUCGUCGCAUGGGCUAGGCCGUUGUUUAAAGAUCGUAGGAAGUUUCCGAAGAUGGCGGAUCCAUCGCUGCAAGGGCGUUAUCCAAUGCGUGGUCUGUAUCAAGCGCUUGCGGUUGCAGCAAUGUGUUUACAGGAACAAGCAGCAACAAGACCGUUGAUAGGCGACGUGGUGACAGCUCUAACUUACUUAGCUUCUCAAACUUUUGAUCCCAACGCGCCAAACGGCCAAAACAGUAGAAGUAGUGGGGGUGGCGGGCCGCCGUUCAUCAGGACGAGGGAUGAGAGGAGAAGCUUAGGAGAUGGGAGUAGUUUGGAUAGUCCUGCAGAGACUCGUAGCCGGCUAGGGUCACCUGGGGCUCACAAGAACUCUCCUGACUACAGGAGAAGGGAUAUGGUGAGGGAGGUGAAUGCUGGAUCAGAGGCAGGGAGCGAGGCUGGAGGAGGGUCAGGGAGGAAGUGGGGGUUAAGCGAUGUGGAAGGGACGGAGUCGCAGAGAGAGAGUCCCGCGAGUGUUGGGAGGGGAACGAGAGGGACUCCGAGGAACAGGGAUUUAGAUAGAGAGAGAGCUGUGGCGGAGGCAAAGGUGUGGGGAGAGAAUUGGAGGGAGAGGAAGAGAGGAGCCAAUGAACCGGGAAGCUUUGAUAGUUUCAAUGACUGAGAAGGGAAAUAUUUAAAAAGCUUUGUAUGUUUGAACAUGAGAUAGGUUUUGUCUUUAUGGCAAGAGGCUUUGUGGUUAUAUGGAACAUUUGUUGAGUCUUGUCGGGUCAGUUGUCGGAUUUGAUGUCUGAGUCAGAAGAGAGGCUCUUCAAUGUAUCGUGGUUGAAGCUCAAGAACAAGAAGAAUGGUGAGUAGAGGGAAUAGGAGGGGAAGAAAAUGGUUCUUUAAGUCAUGUUUUUGUUUUUUAAAAUGGGUUGUAUAUGUAAUAGGGGAGGGAGAGUCUUGAGUCGAUUUUAAUGUUGUACUGUUUUUAAUGUAUCAAUCAUGUGUAUGGAUUCGAGUCUAUGGAAAGAGAAAAAAAAAAAUAGAAACUCCAGCUAAGUCAGCUUCUUUUC